UGAAAAUCCAGGAUGCAGACGCAGUCAGCAAUUUCAGCUGCUAAUUCUCUUCUGCAAAGUGCGGAAUUUGCUUUGCCGAGGCAAAAGAGAGCAUUGGCUGUCACGGAACACAAGCAUGCAGUUGUUGCAAGUAAGAGAAAAUCCAAGACAAAUAAAGAAGAAGAUCAGCUUCCUCAGGAUGUUCUUGUACACAUAUUUGGCUUAGAUGUGAAAUCUCUACUUUCUGCUUCUGCAGUCUGCCGGUCAUGGAAUGGUGCUGCUGGUGACAACUGUCUAUGGAAAUUGUUGUAUGACACUUACUUUAGCAAUUGUGAGAAUAUUGUGAAGAACAAGGGACUUGAAACAGUUGGAACA